AUGAAUUUGUUACGGAUAUUGGAUAGCACACCAGAGCCUCCUAUCAUUGAGUUGGAGCUCAACGAGACCAACCAAAGCGGAGAUUAUUAUUUGGGUACUCCGAUGUACGAAUAUCAGAAAGAAUUAACUGAUCAAAUUAUAUCACUUCAUUACCCAGAUAUACUAAAGUUUUGUGAAACAAACGACCAAAAGGACAUUAUACUCAAGUCAGUUGAAACAUGUAUUGAAAACUGUAUGCUUGUAUGCACUCAUCCGUAUUUAUUGAUCAGCCAUUAUAUGCCCAAGAAUUUAGCUAUCAAAGAUAUGCCUGCUAAAUUAGCAGAGACGAGUGGAAAAUUCAACGUGUUGAAAGAUUUAUUGAAUGUAAUUAUUCUGAACAAAAAGUCAAAUUUCAAAUCAGUCGGUCUCGUGAUGAGUAACAAUUUGAAACUUUUUGAUUUGAUUGAGGCUUUGCUUAUGGCUUGUUCUGGCAACAAAACAGUCAAGCGAUAUGUGGGAAACAACAUCCAACGAGAGUCGAAAAAGGCGGUCAAAAAUGGAAAUAAUAGCAACGGUGCUACCCCCAAUGGACAUGGCAAUAAGGCGAAAACCCCGACCCAGAUACACCUAAUACCGACCGAUGGUGACAUCCAAAGGGACAAAGAUGUCUUUGAUGCUUCCAAAUUUGAUAUUUUGAUAACUGUUGAUGGGAAUGUCGAUACGGAAACCGAAUUUUAUCAGUCUUUAAAAACAAUGAACCGCUCUUCUGAUGAGAAACACGCAGUUACAAUUCGUUUGUCUCCUUUUAAGACAAUCGAGCACAUAAAGCUCUUUUACAUGAAUGCUGUGGAUGAGCCUGAUUACUUGUACAAACUUAUUUCAUCUGUGGUGUGCUUGAGAGACUUUAUUGGGAACAUACCUCCAGAUAUUUUUCCAAUUUACCACCAAAAGCUUUCAUACUUGGGACCAAACUUCCUUGACCAAGUAUUUGGUGACCGAGUAGAGGCGUACCCUCCGUGGCCAUUACCUGCACUCCCUCUUAUUCAAAAGUAUACCCCGAUUGAUGUGGAGAGAUCGCUAUUGACUGAGGCUCACUUUCACUACACCCCUUAUGGGUUGCAGCCUUUCACCGAAGAAAAAGCGACACCAUCAUACUACGAAACAAAACGUCUAACACUGGACUAUAUCACUAAUCCAUUGAAGAAUUCUUAUAAUGAGUUAAUUGGGAUCACGGGUGCGUCAGAGAGACAAGACACUAGUAUCUUAACUCACAAAUCAUUACUUCAGUUGAAUGCUGCUUGCAGGGAUCUAAGAAGAGCAGAAGAUGAACUCGAUUCAUACAAUGAAUAUGAAUCUGAUGAGAUUCAGAAUCGAAUCGGUAGACGAGAGAAGGAAAAGAGACUUGCAGUCUCGAAAAUCUUUGAUGAUUUAGACCAUUCGCAACAGCGGAUAGACAGUGGCAACAAGUGGUACAGUAAGAAGCAAGAGCAAAUAGAGCAGCUAAAAAUAGCUAGUAAAGAGAAGGAAGACCAAAUUUCGAACUUUCACGAUAAGGUUGCUUCGCCGGAGAAGAAGUCAUACGUGGGAAACCAAUUGAAGAUAUGGGAACUCGAGAGGCAGAUAAAGCAGUUUAUUGCAAAGGUCCAAUCGAAGGAUGACGAAAAGAACUUUACCAAUAAGGAGUAUGAAAACUCAGUAAAUGCUGCGAAGGAGGCAAAGCAAGAACAAACUUUACUAAAAGACAAGAUAGAGGAUACGAAAAGAAAGUAUCAUGAAUAUGAGCAAGACCAAGAGACGAAAAGAAAAGAAUUUAAAGCCAGGCAACAAACCCUUGCAGAUGAAAUUAAGAGUUUGGAAUCUGCAAACGAAGAACUAGAGGCAAAGCUUGGUAAUGGGUUCAGAUUUUUAAAAGACACGGCACACCUUAAAAAGCGCAAAAUCAGAACCAGUACCCCAAGUAAGUAG